CUGGACCGCUCGACCGCUGUCGCUGUUGACUGCUUUUCACGCUGUUCCACGUUUUUCUGCGCUGUUCAGUGUUUUCGUCGUAGUAACAUCCAGAAGUCCAAUCCAGAACUAACUAAAGCAAGGAGCAAGGAUGGCGGACGACGAGUUUGACCACGAUGAGCCUGGAGACGAUUUCGAUGAUGUCGAGGAAGACGAAAACCUGGAUGAAAUGGAACAGCAAGAGGAGGAUGGUGAAAACAUCGAAUUGAUCGGCACAGCUGAAGCACUAGCCGUGCAAAGGUCGAAGCGAAUCACAACUCCCUACAUGACAAAGUAUGAAAGAGCGCGAGUUCUUGGAACAAGAGCACUGCAAAUUGCGAUGUGUGCACCAGUCAUGGUGGAGCUUGACGGGGAAACUGACCCCCUUCAGAUUGCUAUGAAAGAGCUGAAGCAGAGAAAAAUACCUAUCAUUAUCAGGAGGUAUCUUCCGGACGGUAGCUAUGAAGACUGGGGUAUCGACGAAUUGAUAAUAACAGACAAAUGAUUUUUCACUGAAGUGAAUGUGUUAAUGAUAAGAAUAUCUUUUAAGUUAAAUAAAUUCUGUA